CAAUAUUUGUGCAUUUUCACAAACACUGGCUGGAAAACGACAAAGUUUUCGCAACUCGUGGGGGGCGUGUAUGGUGGCAGCAGGAUUUGUACAACCUACUUCCUGUGUCGCUUGCCUGCUCCAUCCAAAUGCGAUUUGGGGUGAAGCCAGACCGACCCAACUUUUUAGAAAGCGUUAGGUCGCGGUACAGCAGUUCAACUUACAAGGUUCCAAGCGAUUCAGAAAAUUCGUCAAACGACGAGUAUGAAGAAGAGGAAGUGUUUGCGAGUUCUGAUUCAGAAGACUCAUUCAUCUAUGGCUCGGAGUCGGAAAUCCCGGUGAAGAGAAA